AUGCUCGGGCUCGAGGGGUACUCGCUGGCGGCGGUUCUACCCGUAACUCUUGCUCUGUAUUUCUUGGCAAAUCUCGCCUACACAACCAUAUACAACGUGUUCUUCCACCCUCUGGCUCACGUUCCUGGCCCCAAACUUGCAGGCGCAACCUAUCUCUAUCAAACAUACCACAGCUUCAUGGGUGGUAGCCGCUACUACGCGAAAAUCAAGGAGCUGCAUGAAAUAUACGGCCCGCUCGUUCGGAUUACACCAGAUGAGGUACACCUGAGCGAUCCCGAGAACUAUGAAAAAAUCAAUUAUGUCGGCAGCAAAUAUGGAAAGUCAGCCUUGUACGACGCUUUCGGAAUUGGGUACAGCACCUUCAGUUCCAGAAGCCCAGAGGUGCAUCGAAUUCGCCGCAGUGCUCUGAAUCCAUUCUUCUCACGGAAAAUGGUUCUGGAACUAGAAGAGAUCGUUCAAACCAAAGCAGACAAACUCACAGCCCUUGCAAAGAACACCUUCUCAGCAGGACGAGCAUUAAACCUCCACUACGGAUUCCGCUCAAUAUCGGUAGACGUAAUCACUGAGUACGCUUUUGGGCAAUGUUACGAUCUCCUGGACCGUCCUGACCUGGGGGAAAAGUUCUUCGACAUGGUGCAGGGAAUUGGCCCUACCAUGUGGAUAUUCAUGCAAUGGCCUGGCCUCCAAAAGAUUGCUUUGGGGUUGCCUCCAGCGAUAGCAAGCUUCAUGAGCCCGCCAGUUGGCCAAGUAAUACAAUUGACAGCGCAUUGCCGAAAACAAUGUGCAGCUGUAAAAGAAACCAUGGACUCUGGGCGUGCAGAGACACGACCUUCGAUCUUUCAAGCAUUGUUAAGUCCUCAGGAAAAGGAUGCAGACUAUGUCAUUCCAACAAUUGAUGAUCUCAAAGAUGAGGCCUACAGUGUCCUUGCAGCGAGCGCUGACACAACUGGAAAUGCCAUGACGGUCGCUGCUUACAAAGUGGUCUCUAAUCCUGAAAUCUUUGCCAAAGUCACGAAAGAGUUGGAAGCAGAAUUUCCUGAUCCAAAUGAGAGGCUCAGUUUUGUCCGCCUUGAGACAUUGCCUUAUCUUUCAGCUGUCAUAAAAGAGGGUCUUCGCCUAUCGUUUGGUGUCCCUGGAAGACUUCCCCGCGAUGUCCCAGACGGAGGAGCAACAUUCAACGGAGUUUUCAUCCCUGCAGGAUCCGUUGUAUCAAUGAGCUCCUGGGUCUUACACCAAGAUCCGGAAUACUUCCCAGACCCGUUGAAAUUUGACCCAGACAGAUGGCUCGACCGGAAAGAAGCUCGACGAAUUGACAAAGCUUUCGUCCCGUUUGGGAAAGGAACAAGAGGAUGUGUUGGGAUGCCACUUGCAUAUUGCGAACUAUACGUCAGUCUCGGGACGCUUUUCAGAAGAUUCCCCACCAUGAAGUCGAACGUUUUGACGAAGGAGGAUCUGGUGUAUGAUGAUUACUUCUCUGGUUACCAUCCGAUGAAAGCGACGAAGUUCCAUGUUACGGGGUCAAUUUAG